AACCAACGAUAGGUUUUAUUUCGUUUUGACAAAUCGACGAGAAAAAGUGUUCACAAAGUUUUUUUUUAAUGUGAUUUUUCAUGGGAAAAUAUUAGAAGGACGUUUUUCUCUUUAUCACUUUUUACACCAGUGCUAUCAUGAGCUGUUCUAGCCAUCUUUCUUGCUCAUCAUCCACCUAGUCGUUGUGCAUAAAAUGUGCAGAAAAAUGUUGUUUCUCAGCCCAGUGCAUUAUUAUUAUGUAAGAGUGUGGAGAUUCUAAGUAUACUUUGGGAUUUCCUGUGACUGUAGUGUAAUGGCUGGAAUGGAUGUGGCAGGAAGUUGCAAUGUGUGUUUCCAUGCGGAUGAGAAUGUUGCCGUGAUCAUCUCGUAGUUUUUGAUGAAAUCAACCAAAAAAGUGACGAAAUAUUUAUUUAGCAUAGGGAAUUGUUUUUAUAUAUAGAUAAUAUAAAAUUCUGUGGAUACGCGUGAGGGGAUUAUGCGAUAAAAUGUCCCAAGCAACAGACCUCGAGGGUGUGGAAUUCCUCAAGACCAUCGAAUGGGAGAUGAUGGAUAAGGCCAAGUUCUUCCCACUGAGUAUGUUGAGCUCCUUCACGGUACGUUGCUGCCUGUACCCCCUUACUGUGAUCAAGACGCAGCUUCAGGUGCAAUUUCGGAAUGAUGUGUAUUCCGGAAUGCUGGAUGCUGGGACAAAGAUCUACAAGUCAGAUGGGGUUUCGGGGCUCUAUCGGGGAUUUUGGAUCUCUUCGGUGCAGCUCAUCUCGGGGGUGUUCUACAUCAGCACCUACGAGAGUGUACGUCACGUGCUGGGGCAGUAUGGGGCAGGGCAACGCACAAAGGCUCUAGCAGCUGGUGGUUGUGCCUCUGUGGUGGGGCAGACACUUAUUGUGCCCUUUGAUGUCAUCUCACAGCAUAUGAUGGUGAUUGGGAUGCCGGCCACGGAGAAGGGUGGCCUCAAUCCGCUAGGAAUUAAGCCACAGAAUGGACGCUUUAGGCUAGCAGCUGGCAUUACCAAGGAGAUUUACAGGCGGGAUGGAUUUCGCGGUUUCUAUCGCGGCUACACAGCUAGUCUUAUGGCCUACGUACCGAAUUCUGCCCUAUGGUGGGCAUUCUACCAUCUAUAUCAAGACCAACUCUACAAAAUACUGCCGAAUUGGUCGUCUCAUUUGCUAGUACAAUGCAUUGCGGGGAGCUUUGGUGGCUUCACAACAACUCUCAUCACGAAUCCUCUUGACAUUCUACGGGCACGUCUGCAGGUGCAGCGCCUUGGUUCCAUUCGGGUGGCCUUCAAUGAGCUAUGGGCCGAGGAGAAGAUGAAUAUGUUCCUCAAGGGGCUCUCGGCACGUCUGGUGCAAAGUGCAGCGUUUUCAUUUAGCAUUAUCCUAGGCUAUGAGACAAUUAAAAGGAUAUCUGUGAAGGAACAAUACAAACAUUUAGUUAAAUGGUGAGCGAGAGAGAGAGAGAGAGCGUGUGAGAAUCAACCCCUCCCCCUUUUCCUGUGUACAAUACAAUUUAUUAUUUUUUUGUAUAGGCAAAGUCUUUCUUUUACGCAUAACUUAUAUACACACAAAAUGAGAUAAUAAUUUUUCGUUUUCUAGUAUGGCUUUGUUACUGUUCUCAGGAAGAAAAGAAAAAUAUAAUGUGUAGAAAAAGUGUU